AUGGGAGGGUUUGUUCGUGAUCCAAUUUAUGGAAUGAUAGAAAUCCAUCCUCUCUGCGAAAAGAUCAUUCGAUUACCUGAGUUUCAGAGACUGCAUGAUUUGAAACAGCUAGGGUGUCUGCAUUAUACCUAUCCAGGGGCUACACACGAUCGUUUUCAGCAUUGCAUCGGCGUCUAUCAUCUAGCAGAAGUGUUUAUCAAUCAUCUGCAGAAGGCGCAGCCAGAAUUGGAGAUUACGGAGCAAGAGAAGCUAGCAGUGUGUAUUGGUGGUCUUGUCCACGAUUUGGGACAUGUAAUGCUCUGCCAUAUGUAUCCGCGCUAUGUACAGUAUUGCAAAAACGAGCUUCCGCUCUCGCACGAACUAAUGAGUGUGUUGAUUUUUCGAAGUGUAAUUCAAAAAUGGGGCCUAUCCAAGGACUUUUUGGAUGCAUCCAACUCAUCUGUGAUAUUAUUCUCGGAUCCAAAGACAAGGGAUGUCCCGCAUUCCCCUGGAUCGGCGCGCCUGGCCGCGAAUUUCUGCUCCAAAUCGUGGCCAAUGCGAGGUUUCCAUUGGGUUGGCGUGAAGUUUAUUCGUAGAAGUGGGAUUGAUGUGGAUCGUUUUGAUUACAUGGUGCGAGAUUGCUAUCAUUUAGGGCUUCACUGCUCCUACAAUUACGACAACAUUCUUCUGCGCUCGCGUUGCAUCCGAAACGAGCAGGAUCAGUGGGAGAUUUGCUUCAAUCACAAAGUCUUCUACGAUGUCUGCGAUAUGUUCCAGUGCAGAUUGAAUCUUUGCAGGCGAGCCUAUUUGGUAAGCGAUGCUCUUCGGAUGACUACCUUGCAGCAUCCUUCUUGUCGAAUCAUCGAGCGAAUGCUCAUCGAGGCUUUUCAGAUCGCCGAGGAGCAGGGCGUUGGGAUUCAGACCGCCAACGGAACUGUCAAACUGUCCGAAUUGAUACGAUCGCCCGAAGAAUACAUACAAGCUUUCAAAGAGAACAGGCUGGAUUCAUUGCUCGAGCCCUAUCUGAAAGCCACGGAUUACUUCAUUUUGCAGCUCAGAAACUCAGUGGAGCCCGGGUUGGAGGCUGCCCGUCACCUGAUCCAGCGGAUCGAAAUGCACGACUAUUAUCCAUUCGUUGGGAGAAUUUUGGUUACGAACCAAGAGAACGGAGAUGAUUAUGAGAACCUCACAUAUGAUGACUUGAUUAAUGGGAAACUCAGCUUUCGGAAUACCAGAAAGCUCAUAGUGAAGAUCAAGGAGCUUCUCAAACUGAAGGCAGAGGAGAUGGGCAUUCCAUUUGAUCCAGCUACUCUUUACAUCGAUGCUUGUAAGAUGGAUAUGGGAUCCAAGGGAAAGAAUCCACUCCCGCCAAUUUCGUUUUUUUCUGAUAUCAAUCCCGAUAAACGAAUCAAGAUGGGUCUUGAAGAAGGGAGAGUGUUGGGAAGCUAUGUGGACUAUAAACUCUUCUUCUAUUCUCGGGGUGACAAGUCAACAGUCGAUGCGUUCCAAAAGCUGUUAGCUAUUGGAGACACGCUGUGCAGUAGCUCUAACUAUAAUUAG